UUAUGGCCGCCUGAAGAGAAACUCUCCUUCCACUUUCUCCAUCUUCAUUCAUCUCCUUCUAUUUCUCUCUCUACAACACACAACCAGAUGGAUGCAGGCACAGACGCAUGAUCUUCUAUACGCAUACGUAUAUGUAUCUGUAGCCCAUCACUAAACCCAAUUUACAGUAUUCCUGGUGCUCGGCUGUUUUGACAAAAGGAAUUGCACUCAUGGACAAAGGGAAUUGCACUCUUGAGGAGCCAAGUAGCCCAGGUUGGGGUGCUUCAUUCUUCGUGCAGGCAGCUGAAGAUUCCCCUGGAGCUGUUGUUACUCCCCCUUCUCCUUCACCACGACCAUCAGUGGUAUUCUCAUCAAAAGCGGAUACUGGUAGCCAUCUUCAGAAGCUUCAGAAUCAAGUUUUCAGAGUACUGAAAGGCUUAUCCCCUCCUUCCGAGGAGAAAAGUAGAACUUACAACCCAGAAGUAUUAACUAGCCAAAAACGGCAAUGGGCAAGCUUUCAAUUGCAGGCCCUGCAUCAACGGAUAUUGAAAGAACCAUCGAGGCUCUUUGAGAGCAUGGUAGUGGUUGGAUUGCCUCCAAAUUGCGACAUUCAGGCACUUCAGAGGCAGUAUUUUGGUAGAAGAUCUGAAAAUUCAGGGAGGCUGCGAAGUGCACUUAGUGGUCAGCAUCAGUUCCGCGUAGAACCGAAUCUCGAGCCUCAGGUUCUCUUUGUGUACCCUCCUGAUAAACAGCUGCCUUUAAGGUCUAAGGAUCUCCUUUCGUUCUGCUUUCCUGGUGGAUUGGAGGUUCACACCAUUGAGAGAACACCAUCAAUGAGUGAACUGAAUGAAAUACUUCUUGGGCAGGAGCACCUUAAACAAAAUGAUCUAUCCUUUGUAUUCAGAUUGCAGGGUGCAGAUGAUUCUAUUCUUUAUGGUUGCUGUGUUCUAGUCGAUGAGAUGGUUCAACAACCGUCAAGAUUAAUUUCUAUGAUGACAGAUGGACAAGUUUUUUGCCCUCCUGUGAGCCGCCAUAUUUUAACAACUCGCCGGUGUUACUGCAUUCUAUCGAGGCUUCCAUUUUUUGAACUGCAUUUUGGCGUGUUGAACAGCAUCUUCACUGAAGAAAGGUUGGAACGGCUAACGAAAAGUAUUAGCGAGUUAGAUAUGGAACCAUCUGUUGCAUAUGAUGAUGAAGUAUAUUUAGAGGAAAAAGUAGUUGGCAUUUUAGCUGAACAUGGAGCUCAAGAAAUGCUUAAUGGAAACACGGAAACUGUCCAAUUAAGCAGGAGCAAUUCUAUCAAUGAAAGAGUGAUAGAGGAUAGGAGUAAUGAGAACCAUCAUGUCCUUAAGGUCGACUCUCUCCCGUUGGACAAAGGUGUCAAUGAUGUUAUACCGGUUCGUCCUGAAAUGGGGAUGGAUUCAUCCAAGAAAGAAUCUGUAGCUGCUGAGAUGUUUAACACUAGCGAUAGUCCUGUUGGUGAUAUGGUUUUCAACAAACAACCCACUCCAAAGCAUAUACCAAAUGCAAUUUUGCCACUUCUCCGUUAUCAACAAUAUGAUAGCUCUGACUCUUCCUCAAGUUUUCAGGGCUCUCCUAGUGAAGAUAGGAACUUUAGGAGUGACCUUGAUUCAGCAGAGACAGAUGAGGCAUCUUUCUCUGGUCAAGAAGAUAACGAGCACAACGAGAUCUUUGAUUGGGCUAAGACCAACAACCAUGGAUCCUUACAGAUUAUAUGCGAGUAUAAUCGCUUAUGUGUCCCUGCAAGAGGUUCGACAAUCAAGUUCCACCCCCUGGAGCACCUGCAUGCUUUGGAAUUUCAUAGACCAGAUGAAACAGUUUUACAUAUGGCUGGCUCAACCAUUGAUUUGAUGUCAUGCAGCACAAGUUUUGAACUGGCAGAGGCUCACAGGGCACUUGCAGGGGAGGAGGAGGCAACUGCCUUAUCAGUAUGGGCAAUUUCUUGCAUAUGCGGCUCCAUGCGUCUUGAGCAUGUCCUGACAAUAUUUGCGGGUGCUCUUCUGGAGAAGCAAAUUGUGUUUGUGUGCUCUAAUCUGGGAAUAUUGUCCGCUUCAGUGUUGUCUAUUAUCCCUUUGAUCCGUCCUUACCAGUGGCAGAGCUUCUUUAUGCCGGUCUUGCCAAACGACAUGCUGGACUUUUUGGAUGCGCCUGUUCCUUUCAUCGUUGGUGUGAAGAGCAAAACUGCUGAAGUACAAUCCAAGUCAGCAAACAUUAUUCUUGUUGAUGCAAACAAGAACCAGGUCAAAUCGUCGUCAAUACCGCAUUUCCCCCAGUACAAGGAAUUAUAUGCAGCCUUAACUCCAUAUCAUGCUCAGCUUGUGGGAGAAAGUUAUUUGGGGAGAAGGAGACCGAUUUAUGAGUGCACUGAUGUGCAGGUAGAAGCUGCGAAGGGAUUCCUCAAAGUAUUACGAUCUUAUUUGGAUUCACUUUGCUCUAAUCUACGUUCCCACACCAUUACGAAUGUUCAGUCGAAUGAUGAUAAGGUAUCAUUGCUUUUAAAGGAGAGUUUCAUCGAGUCUUUUCCUAGUCGCGAUCGUCCAUUUAUGAAGCUUUUUGUGGACACACAACUCUUCUCUGUACAUACAGAUCUGGUGUUAUCUCUUUUCCAAAAGGAUUAGCAGCUGUUCAAAGCUUGACCGCUGUAAUGUAUAGUUAUAGGCAGUUCAGCUCAAAUUUCUAUAAUUUAUAGUUGUCAUGAGUUCAAAGUAUUAUAUAAAUUUGGUUUCCCAUUUGUGCAACUAAUGCAUGUAUGUUGCUUCCUUUGUCUCAUCACAAUUCACAUCGCCAUACGAAGGUAAGAACAUUCUAGAAUCAUGUCGGUUUCUUUCCCAAGUGUCGAGAGCUCUGUUUGAUAUUUCAGAACAAUAAACCAGUUUGUAACGC